AUGGGCAUCUAUGCAAUUUCCAAAAUUGUUGCUGGUGCUGGCGUCCUACUCAGUCUUGUGCCCGGUUUGAAUAUUGUUGGUUCUGUCUACUACGCGCUCGUCUUUUUGGUUCUUCGUAAACGAAAUAAAGGGGCUCUCAAUACUUGUAUUUUCUACAUGGUGAUGAAUUUGUUAAAAUAUUAA